CACGUUCCAAGAACUUGUCUCUAUUCUCACAGCUUUUCAUCAGUUCUCCCAAUUUCUCACCCUCGCCAUUUCCACCGGCCACCACCACCAUCUUCCAUGGCCAAAUCCAAAACCCUGAUCUUGUCCCUUUUCAUCAUUUCCCUAACCCUCCUUCUCUCCUCAGCCAUCGCAGCCAAACAACCUCGUUUCUCCCGAAUGAUCACCCCAACCUCUCUAGGCCUCAAAAAGGAAAAGCUCAGCCACCUCCACUUCUACUUCCACGACAUUCUCAGCGGCCCGAAGCCCACCGCGGUGACGGUCGCCACGGCCCAGAUGACCAACACCUCCUCCACGUUCUUUGGGAUGGUCAACAUGGCCGACGACCCGCUGACGGUGGGCCCUGAGCCGGAGUCCAAGCUCUUAGGAAAGGCGCAGGGGAUCUACGGGGCCGCUGCGCAGCAAGAGGUUGGGCUACUGAUGGUCAUGAACUUCGCAUUCUCGGAAGGGAAGUACAACGGCAGCACGCUCAGCAUGUUGGGGCGGAACACGCCGCUCUCCGCCGUGAGGGAGAUGCCGAUUGUCGGAGGGAGCGGACUUUUCCGGUUUGCGCGUGGGUAUGCUCUGGCUAAUACUCACACUUUUGAUCUCAAGACAGGGAAUGCUGUUGUGGAGUAUAAUGUUUACGUGUUCCAUUAUUAACCGUUGGCUUCUUCGGAGUUGAAACACCACCGUCCUUCUUUGUUCUAACGUCUCUCAUUCAUGUUUUAGUUUUGUCCUUUUCUCCUGUUUGGGACAUGGUUAGAUGCUCUUGGAAUGAAAAGUUGUUCGUUGCUUUUGAGUAUGUAUGAUUUAACUUCAAUCUCAUUCAUUGAAUA